AUGCUAUAUAAACAAGGCCAACAAAUCAUCGGAAAUCGAAUUCGGCAAGCGCCAUUUCCGAUUUUCAGAGAAAAAAACAAUUUUGAAUUUCAGAGAGUAUUUCUACUAUGUAAAUCACAAUGGUUUCCUGUUUCUAGAUGAUUCGCGGAUGAAGAAUUUUACUGCGAGUUAUAAGGAUUUGGAUUUUUUGAAUUUUUUCUACUCGCGGGUUAAGGAAAAUACGACGGGCAGGUAUCAGGUGAGAACAUUUUUUAAAUGUUUUCUAGUAGCGAAACUCAACUUUUAAAAUUAGUAAUGACGUGGCAAAUUUUGAAAAAUCGGGACUUUUGAAGCCUUCCAUUUCAAAUCUGAUAACAUUAAAAGAUUAGUUCCUGAAGUCCAGACUUUUGCCACGUCAUAACUCAUGUUAAAAGUUGAGAGUUUCCUUGUAAAUAAAUAUAUAUGUAUAUAUUCUAGGACUCUUUCCCAUUCGUCAGCCCUUGUGGAAUUGAGCGAAAUUAUUUGAGAUGCGAUGACACGCCGAUUGUUUAUACUGAAUUCGAUAAAAAUGAGGAGAAAUUGAGGGUUGGAGAAUCCACGAUUUAUCAUGAUUUUGAGGUUGGUUUUUGUCUUAAAUUUGUAACUUAAUGUUAUAAGGUUUCCAGCCCUCUUCCCUUUCAAUGUCUUCAUCCGGUCGAGUCUACCACAAAUCCCAAGGAAUCCCUGGAAUUCAAAAAUUCCUAGUCUCCGACAAACUCACCGAUUCCAUAUUCCAUCGCUUCGAAUUCGAAAAAAACACGGGAAAUCCGAUUCGAUUUUUGUAUAGAGGAAAAUAUGUCGAUUUAAUUUAUUGA